AGGAGAGCUUCCAGCGCUGUCAGGCAGCCGCAGGGGAGACCAAAAAGGUCACCGCCGUCCCGUUUGUCAAGAUCUUCACAAACUUCCAAGUGUGGAAUGUGGCCAUAGCGUUCUUUAUCGGCUUGUGGAACUACUAUGCCUCGACAAUCGCCAUGCCCUCGCUUCAUGGAGACCUUCAUGAAAUUUGACCUCUCCAGCAAUGGGGCUAUAUCAGCCGCUCCCUCCCUUCUGCUGGCUGCUCUGUCCAUCUUCACCGGCAGACUCUUCACCUUCCUCCAUGUAGAGAAGAAAAUAUCCAAAACACGCCUGCGGAAAUCGUUUAACUUCUUCAGUAAUUUCGUGCCGGCGUUCCUGCUGCUGGCGUCGGUACUGAUCCCGUUCGAGCAGCGGACGGCCGCCGUCGUGUGUCUGGUGCUCGGCAUCGGCCUCACCGCCUGCGUCUUCACGGGAGGACCGUUCAGUGGGGCUGCCGACAUCGGGCCCCAGUACACGGGCACCAUCUUCUCCAUGGCGGCCUGCGUCGGCAACGUGCCCGGCUUCGCCAUCCCGCCGUUGCUGGCCGCCAUGACGCCAGAGGACACUCGCAACGAAUGGUUGCGGUUCGUAUCCAUAUCUGUGGCGCUCCACCUCUUCAGCAGCAUCUACCUGAGCUUGUUCUGGAAGUCGGACAUCCAGCCGUUUGCCAAGACGCAGCCGAACGACCCUGUCAAGUCUCAGCUGAAAGAAGAAGUCGAGGAAGACGCCGUUUAAUCUGUUCCUGUUGCGUAUGAAAAGUGAUGCGUUUCGACAUUACGC